CAAAAAGCAGAUUUUGGUGUUGAUUAAUGUAGUGACACCAGCCAUGAUGAGGAACUCCUCUGCAUUUCUGACAUCAUCUCUCUUGAUUAUCACAUUUCUCCUGCUCAUUUCGGAAGAUGGCUGUGUACAAAUCAUUGGAGGAGAUCAGGUAAUUCCUCAUUCAAGACCCUACAUGGUCCUACUUAAACUCCAUAAGAAAAGGUUCUGUGCUGGUGCUUUGAUUGCAGACGACUGGGUGUUGACUGCAGCCCACUGUGCCCUGACCAAGACAUCUGAGAUUAUUCUUGGGGCUCACUCAAUGAGCAAGAAUGAGCCAGAAAAACAGAAACUGUCCAUUAAGAAAGAGUUUCCCUAUCCAUGCUUUGAUCCAGAUACACAUGAGGGUGAUCUGAAACUUAUACAGCUGAACAGAAAAGCAAAAAUUAACAAAAAUGUGGCUAUCCUGAAUCUACCUAAACAGGGAGCUGAUGUAGAAGCAGGAACCAAGUGUCAAGUUGCAGGAUGGGGCAUAACUAAUAAUAAGUCACCUAUGUCCGAUACUCUGAGAGAAGCGAAUAUCACCAUCAUAGGCAGGAAAAUCUGCAACGAUCACCAGCACUAUAAUUUUAAUCCUGUGAUUGGAUUGAAUAUGAUUUGUGCAGGAAGCCCCAGUGGUGGAAAAGACAUAUGCAAUGGAGAUUCUGGAGGCCCACUGCUAUGCCACGGCACUUUCCGAGGCAUCGCUGCCUUUGGCCGGAAUGGGAAAUGUGGGGACCCAAGAGCACCUGGUGUCUACACGCUUCUCUCAAAGCACUAUCUCAAGUGGAUCAUCAAGACUAUGAAGGGGGUAUCUUAAAUAAUUAUAUUUCCUUUGCUGUCAUUUCUUAACUUUAUCACAAAUAAAAAUGCAUAUGCCUGA